AUGCUCCUUCAGGGUUUCAACUGGGAGUCCUCCCGCAUCGAAGGUGGCGGCGCGUGGUACCGCAAGAUGACGGAGAUGGCGCCCAGACUUGCCGAGCUUGGCUUCACCGUGGUGUGGCUCCCUCCCCCCACGGAUUCUGUCUCCCAGGAGGGUUACAUGCCAAGGGACCUGUACAACCUGAACUGCAAGUACGGCACCAAGGAGGAGCUUAAGCAGUGCAUCGAGGCUCUGCACAGGCACGGCAUCAAGUGCCUUGGUGACGCCGUCCUCAAUCACAGGUGCGCCCAGUUCCAGGGACCCGACGGGCUCUGGAACCAGUACGGCGGCAAGCUUGACUGGGACGCGCGCGCCAUCGUCUCUGACGAUCCCCACUUCGGCGGGCAGGGCAACCAGAGCAGCGGGGAUUUUUUCCACGCCGCGCCAAACAUCGACCACUCCCAGGAUUUCGUCAAGCGCGACAUCACCGAGUGGAUGCAGUGGCUUCAGUCUGAGGUUGGCUACGACGGGUGGAGGCUCGACUACGUGCGCGGCUUCUCCGGCAAGCAUGUCAAGACCUACAUGGAAUCCACCAACGUGAGCUUCGCGGUGGGUGAGUUUUGGGACACCCUCGAGUACGAUUACGACUCCCCCAAGUACAACCAGGAUGCGCACAGGCAGCGGAUCAUCAAGUGGAUCGACGACGCGGGUGGCCUCGCGGGUGCCUUUGACGUCACCACCAAGGGUAUCCUCCAUGCCGUGUUCGAGCGCUGUGAGUACUGGAGGCUCUCCGACGAGGACGGUCAGCCACCCGGCGUGCUCGGCAGGUGGCCGUCCCGUGCGGUGACCUUCAUCGAGAACCACGACACCGGAUCCACCCAGGGACACUGGAGGUUCCCCGAGGGUGCUGAGGCACAGGGCUACGUGUACAUUCUCACGCACCCGGGCACCCCCACCGUGUUCUGGGAUCACGUGUACGAUUGGCACGACGGCAGCCUGGCGCAGGACAUCCGCAAGCUCAUCGCGUUUAGGAAGGAGUGCGGGAUCCACUGUAGGUCCAAGGUGAACAUCCUCAAAGCUGAGGCUGGGGUGUAUGCGGCGCAGAUUGACGACCGUGUUGUGAUGAAGAUUGGGCCCGACGCGUUUGCGCCGGAUGAGACAGAGUGGCAGUACGCCAUGCACGGAGAUAACUGGUGCGUGUGGAAGCACCGGUAA